AUGGCGUCGUUGGAAGUAUUGUCGUGGUUGUUUGUGAUUUUUGUGGUCUUCCAGGGCUGUUUUGGUAAGCUUAACGGUGAUGACGAGAAUCCUUUUCGAAUAAAGAAGCUCAACAUGAUAUGGAAAAAGGCUCAAAACAAAAUGUCAGAACGAAAAUUGAGUGAGUUUCGUCGAUUCCUCGAGCUGCAAGACCGAGCAGAAAUCAGGUGGAAAGAAUUAAAAGCCAACGGUGGAGACGAAGAUGGUGAAAUGGAAGCGAUGCUAAGGCGCAAAUUUUCUCGUUUGCUGGAACGAUUUGGCUUGGAUCACCUAGUUGACGAUGGGAACGAAAUCAAGGACAACACAGCGGGACAUGGCGACAAACGCUUAAACGAGUUGUGGGAGUCUGUCCAAAAGGAAGGUUUGUGUACACUACAGCUCCUCCUACUCCUGGUUUGAUCACGAAUGAAUUAAUGAACUUUCUUUAAGUAUCUAAGUAAUACUAUGAAGAUAUUUAAGGGUCCGCAUAAUAAUAAAAUUUUCUAAGAUUGUGCUAAGAUGAUUUUUAAAUUAAUUUUAAAACAAUGAAUAGCUAGUUUUACAGUUGUACGUGGAACGAGGUUGGGGUUUGACACAACACUUCCUUCUUUAAUAUGUAAUAUCAUACGGUUCUUAUCCUAACUAGCACUAAUUUGUUUUCAGUAUAAUUGCAAUAAGAACAGAAGGUAGCCUGAAUUGCAGACUUGGAGUCGCUUACUCUCUCUGUAACGUCUCAUUCAAAACAAGGUCAACCUAGGCCUCUGCUUCACAUUAGCUCAAAGGCUUGGGUGAAAAGCCCACACUGUAAAUCUGUCUAUUGUUUCAAAUCUAAAAUAUUAUGCUACAGUGGUAGGGUUUUAUAUCUUAAGUAUUUAGCAGUUAUUGGAAAAGGCUGAGUAUAAGGCCACAGCGGGUGGUUCUGAAACAGGAAGUCAGUAAAUCGCAUACCCCCAGCUCCAACUGGAGCCACAGAAAAGUGAAACAAUAAUGCCUGGUUCAAUUUGACAUGUAACCAUGUUUUCAACUUGCUUUAAUUAUAUGCAAGUCAAUCUGCACUCCAAGGAAAACUGAAGGGAGCCCAGUGAUUUGCAACUGUAAAAUCUAGGGUGCCCAGAAUAAUUAUUAUGACUUAUACGAAAAAACUAAGAUUCUGUAGUCACCUGUUAGUGAAAAUCUAGGACACAGCACUGAUAUGCUUAUAGAACUGAAACCUUUUACCAUGGUGGGUCUGCAAGUCCAUGCAGAGAAAGGCAGAAAUUAAACCAUGGAGUGGUUUCUCUAGCACUUCCCAACUGAAGUUCUUUAACUCUGGGUACUACUAUCCACAAUUCACUGGAUUUGUUUUGUAAUAUUCUGGAUAGUUAAAUAUACGCGCAUUUGAUCAUAUGCAUAUGUAUACAUAUAAGAACUUGUGUGUUAUUAGUAAUAAAAUUCUGAUGAUUAUUAUUAUACAUUUCGCAGUUUAAGUUAUUAAUUAUGUUAUUAAUAUGUGAUUCUGUUUAUGAUAAACAUAGCCUAUUUUCUUACUCUCUUUGUAGUUGUUAACUUAAUUUAUAAUUUUUGUUUUUAGGAAAAUUCAGUGCCGAUGAGCUUGAUGAUCUUGAAACCGAAUUUAACCACCACAGAGAGAAGCUGAAAGAAUACAAACAUCUUUUAAACAUUUUAGAGGACCAGGGUGGUCUCUCUGAAAACUCUGUUUACUCUCAAGGGAUAAUGAAAGACAAUGAUGUUGAAAACUUACAUGUCAAACUUCAAGAUACUCAUGAAACACUGACUAAAAACUUUGCCAGGUUGAAGGAGAAAGUGACAGGGGAGAAAGAGGAGAAGUUGUUCCGAGAUCCUCGUGUAAAUGAACUAUGGGAAAGAGCUAAUAAUGGCGGGAUUAGUGAAGAUGAACUGGAAUCUUUUAAGGUAAAGUGAUUCUUCACUGAAAUUGGAUAAUUUAUUAUUUCAGUCUUAUACAUGUUCAAUUUACUCUAGUAUGAAUAAAGUUUCAUACUAUUCUGAAUCUACAUGUACUGAAUUCCUUGUUCUUAGUCUGACUAAGACCACACUGUUGGUUUUAUGCAUUACAGAUUUUAAAAAAGGUGUCAGGGGUUUCAUUAAGGGCUGGGCACCAGGCAAAGUGACCGGCUGUGAAUGCGACUUUGCCCGGCUGCUUUGCACCUCUUUUAAGUAACCUCUUGAUACAUUCUCUGAUCUCUUUGUUCACUGUGUGCACUAUGCUAAUUAGAAUAUAUGAAGAACUUCAGUGACAACAUGGAACUACUCAUGUCGUAACUUACACAUUCCAUGCAAUAAAUUAUCUUCUAUAAAGUAGAUGUGCCUGGACCUCUUCUCAAAAAGGCGCCCUGUGGUUUGAUUCUUGUAAACGACCACCUCCCGUAAGUGACCAUUUAGUCUUUGUGAUUUAAGGUGGUCGCUUACGGGAGGUUCGAUUGUAUGACAGCAGGACUCUGGGUCCCGUACAAUUUCAGAAUAAAUUGAUAAUAAUGGUCGGUGAGCAUAGCAGCAGCAAGAAUGAAGAAUUACAAGCAGCAUACGUAUAAUUUAUGUUACAGGUCAAAAUUAUAUUCAGAUUAAGAUUUUUAAACCUAGGUUGGUUCUCAAUUUUCUUUGUCUCCUAGCACUAAUUCAUGAACAAUCAGCGUUAGGACACAAAGGACUACAGCUGUAGGUUAAAAUUUUUUUACCUGAAUUUAAUUUUGACUUGUACCAUAAUUUAUACAAGUACAUGUAGUAAUAUUUUAAUAAAAGGAGAUUUAAUGUACAGUCUGUUCCUGGAUAUACUAUAAUCUUUGAGCAAAGCUCUUAUUUUGGAUUUAGCGGCAUUGCCACGUGUAACCUGUAUGUUUUAGGCUUCAGUGUUCUUAUUUCAUGUACAGUAAUUCUGGUCACCCAGUUUUCUAAUGAAAAACCUUAAGAAGUUCCCCAGUAGAACCACAUAAAGAAAUGAUAUGCCAUCAUCCUUCAUCUUUUGUGCCAAUUAUGCCAGUUAUUCUUUCUACUACACAUUACACCCACUUUCCAUGUCUUCUCGCUAGCAUAGAGCCUGCUAUAAUUUUAAACAAUUAUUGGAUGAGGUUUUUGUGAUAUCUGGAAUGAUCAGGGUCGAGGUAAGUGUUAUAUUGUAUUAACUGAGUCAAAGGUUAAAGCUGAUAACACUUACUGAGACCUUGAUUGUUUGCGGAUAUCACUAAAACCAAAUCUAAUAAUAUUGUUUUAAUAUACAUUGUUUAAAUGAAAAUGGGGACAAACAAAGCAUUGCAUGGAACACAACUUGACAUUGCUCUUGGAAAUCAUGCAUCACAUGUGCAACCUACACAUCAGCCACUUAGUUGCUAGCAGAUAACUAACUAAUUGUAGGUUGGGUAGGUUUCCAAAAAUUAAUUAACUGUAUGUAUAAUAAUGGAAAUUAGCACAACCUAUGGACUAGUAAUAAUAUUAUUACACAUGUAGAUACUAGCAGAUAACUGAUAACUAUUUUACACACACAGUGCAUUAUUUCCGAGAGCAAUGUCAAAUUGUGUACUUCCAUGCAACAGUAUGAAUGUCAUUAUUUUCUCCAAUACAAUGUAUAAUAAGAUUUACUUUGUGACAGUCAUGUCAAUGUUGAGUAAUCAAGGUCUUGGUAAGUACAUGUAUUAUCAGCAUCGGCCAUUUACCCUCACCACAACCCUGAUUAUUCCAGAUGUCACAAAAACCUUGUCCAAUAAUAAAUUGUUCAUUGUAGUGCUUAGAAAUCUGAAUUUUAUUAUCUACUCAGAAUGAACUGCAUCACUUUGAUCACAAGAUACUUAAACACAAGCAUUUUGAAGAGGAAGUCAGGGAUUCUAAACGUCUUUUGAAGGAUGGACAUCAGCAUCUUCAAGACAAACAUGACUCACUAUUAAAAAAGGCCAAGGAGCAUGGCCGAUGGGUAAGGACUUUUCUUAUGGCUAAUAAUUUAUUUUAUGGCUCUUAAAUGGGGUGCAGGUACAUGUAGCCUCAGCAAAAAUAAUGGUGAGUUUUAGCAACAACUAUGGCAAUAACAAGGAAAACGGCAAAAAAGGAAUAGGUUUAGUUUGGUCAAACAACUCUGCAUAUGCAUAUGUCUUUUGUAAUUUCUUUGCUUUUGCGGCAAUACUUCAAUGUGAAACUUCCUAAUUUCACAUUUUGUGAAGGGUGUGAACAAAAGAAAACUUAAUUUUUCAUUUUCUGAACUAAGGUAAGUCCUGUAGAAACCAAAUUCAGGAAAUUUGCCAACAUUUGAUAACUUAGUGAGAUAGAAUAAGAGCUAAAGAGUUUGAAGAAGCACAAAUUCACUUUUUUGUGUCAUUUUUACUGCCGUCGCCAUCGUAUAUGUUAAUGCUGAAACUCCAUAAUAUUUAUACUCCAAGGAGGUAUACGUAGUAUUUCUUGAUGUUGUUUGGUGGAGGCUCAAAACGUUUAGCUCAUCACUACUUUCUCCAAUCAGCGUCUAAGAACACUCUUGAAAUUAGUCCUUUAUAUGUACGUUUAUUAUUUGUAAUGUGAUUGCAUUAAAUUUUACUAACUUGGUUUCCUUUUUGUGUUCAGGUAAAGAAAAUGCAUUCAACCUUAAUGGACAAAGUAACCACCAAGACUGAGCUGUAGUUUGUAAAAAUUUAUUGUAUUUGCAGUUGUUGUGUACUUGCAGAGUAGCAAAGUGGUUAUUAUUACAGUGAUAUGACAAGUAUGCAGUUGAAGAAGGCAGUUAUUUUCUUCAGUACACAAUUUGUAGCAGUUAAGCCUACUUAAAAAGUACCGUUGCCCUUAAAAAUUAACGUGUGUCUUGUAAUUUGACCUGUACAUACAUGUAUGAGCUACAUGUAUUGUUUUAACGUCAUUUUAUGUGGCUAAACCCACAAGCGAGCAAGGUGAAGUGAAUCCUCUGUUUUGAUUGGAUACCCAAGAAGGCAUGAUAAGCCCAUCUUGCCCACUUAGGAUUUCCCACUUUGGUUCCAAAAGUAAAAGUUCUCUUUUUUGCGAAAUAAUAUUAAUCGACAAUUGACCAGGUCCCAAUUGCUCAAAAGUUGGAUAGCACUAUCCACUGGAUAAUGCAAUUAUUAUUAGUUUCAUAAGAAACUAAUAUCCAUUGGAUAGCGAUUAAUCCGCUGGAUAGCUCUAUUCAAGAUGGCUGGAUACUGGCCUAGUAUCAAAAACAAGGCACAGAAAACAGAUGUCACCGUUUUUAGGCCUUUGUCUCUUCCUGUUUCUCUUUUACAAAAUAGAGUUUUAUUAGUGCGUCCAGUUAGUGUUUUAUAUGAAGUAAUUACUUUACUUGUGCUUGGUGGAUAUAAAUGAUAAUAGCCAAGUUGGCACUAUGUGCCUUGUGGCUAUUUAUUAUCUCAGAUCCAAUACACGCUCAUGGGAUCAAGAAGAUAGUCAAUUAAAUGUCUGUGAGAUGUAUUGAGUACAAGAAUGCCUUAAAAAUGAGGCCCUGGUUGUUCAAACAUUGGAUAAUGCUAUCCACCAGAUAAGUAUUAGGGAAACCAAUUGCAUUAUCCAGUGGAUAGAUAUAUAUCGAGUGGAUAGUGUUAUCCAACAGUUGAAAAACCAGGGCCAGUGGAAUACACUGUAGAUAGACUGCUUGCAGUCCGUCUUUUCUCUUAAAUCCGUCAAGCUCUUGGCUUUAUCGUAGCGGGCAGAGGGGACAAAAUUUUGACUAUGGUAUUUUCUAAAGUGUCGAAUUGAUGUGGCUAUGCACACCACCAGUUCUUUUAAUAAAACUUCAUUGACCAGCAGUCAUUGGCCUCUAGUAACAUGGUGACAGGCAAAGAAUUAGAUGCAGUGUCUUAUUGAAAAGUUAAGCGGUUUUCUCUCUUACACCAGCAGUAGAUCAUUGCUAAGGGUGUAUAUCUAAGAGAUGUAUUUAAAAUAGCUAUUUAUAUGUUACAUUUUGUCAUGUAUACAUUUUUUUUAAAAUCAAUGACAG